UCGCGCCGCGGCCGCCGCCAGGGCGUGAGCGCGCGCGGGCGCCCGGCGAGCCGCGGCCAUGGUGCAGCAGACCAACAACGCGGAGAACACCGAGGCGCUGCUGGCCGGCGAGAGCUCGGACUCGGGCGCCGGCCUGGAGCUGGGCAUCGCGUCGUCGCCCACGCCCGGCUGCACCGCGUCGGCGGGCGGCAAGGCGGACGACCCGAGCUGGUGCAAGACGCCGAGCGGCCACAUCAAGCGGCCCAUGAACGCCUUCAUGGUGUGGUCGCAGAUCGAGCGGCGCAAGAUCAUGGAGCAGUCGCCCGACAUGCACAACGCCGAGAUCUCCAAGCGGCUGGGCAAGCGCUGGAAGCUGCUCAAGGACAGCGACAAGAUCCCGUUCAUCCGCGAGGCGGAGCGGCUGCGCCUCAAGCACAUGGCUGACUACCCCGACUACAAGUACCGGCCGAGGAAGAAGGUGAAGUCCGGCAACGCCGCCGCGGGCGCCGCGGCCGCCGCCGCCUGCAAGCCGGCCGACAAGGGAGACAAGGUGGGCGGCGGGGGCGGCGGCGGCGGCGGCGGCGGCGGCGGCGCGGGGGGAGGGGGCGGCGGCGGCGGCGGCGGCGGCGCCGCCAAACCCGCGCAGAAAAAGAGCUGCGGCUCCAAAGCGGCGGGCGGCGCGGGCGGCGGGGCCGGCAAGCCGCACGCCAAGCUGCUCCUGGCGGGCGGCGGCGGCGGGAAGGCGGCGGCCGCGGGCGCCUUCGCGGCCGAGCAGGCGGGGGCCGCGGCCCUGCUGCCCCCGGGCGCCGCCGCCGCCGCCGCCGCCGACCACCACGCGCUGUACAAGGCGCGGACUCCCGGCGCGGCCGCCUCGGCCUCCGCCGCCGCCGCCGCCGCCGCCCCGGGCCUGGCGGCGCCCGGCAAGCACGCGGCCGACAGGAAGGUGAAGCGCGUCUACCUGUUCGGCGGGCUGGGCGCGGCGGCGUCGCCCGCGGGCGCCGACCCCGGCGACCCCCUGGGCCUGUACGAGGACGGCGGCGCGGGCCUCAGCGGCCGCAGCAGCGCCGCGUCGUCGCCCGCCGCCGGCCGCUCCCCCGCCGAGCACCGCGGCGCCGCCGGCCUGCGCGCCGCCUCGCCCGCGCCGUCCAGCGCGCCGUCGCACGCGUCGUCGUCCGCGUCGUCGCGCUCGUCGUGCGCCUCGUCGUCCGGCUCCUCGUCGUCCGACGACGAGUUCGAGGACGAGCUGCUCGACCUGCACCCCAGCGCGAACUUUGAGAGCAUGUCGCUGGGCAGCUUCAGCUCGUCGUCGGCGCUGGACCGGGACCUGGACUUCAACCUCGAGCCGGGCUCGGGCUCGCACUUCGAGUUCCCGGACUACUGCACGCCCGAGGUGAGCGAGAUGAUCUCGGGGGACUGGCUGGAGUCCAGCAUCUCCAACCUGGUCUUCACCUACUGA